CCCUCCGCUCUACAUCAAACUGCGCCGUACAGAAGAGGCGGAGUCGGUCAUCCAGUUCCUAUGGGGACCAGGCUGAGAGGGAAAACGUUUGCUUGCUACAUUUACAGAACUGAAUGCUCAUCCGCUCAGAAUAUGCAUGUCAACUCUGCGCGCUCCAAGCAUCUCUUGUAGCUGACCGUCAAAACGACACCUCGCUGGUCUGUGUGCUCCGGGGUGAAGGUGUGAAUCUGCUGAUGAACUGUGAGUGCUCCUUGCCCUGCCCCAGCAUGGAGAAGUAUGAGAAAAUAGGAAAGAUUGGAGAAGGAUCCUACGGAGUAGUCUUCAAGUGCAGGAACAAAGACAACGGACAAAUUGUGGCAAUUAAGAAGUUCGUUGAGUCCGAAGACGACCCCAUCAUUAAGAAGAUUGCGUUGAGAGAAAUUAGGAUGCUAAAGCAACUGAAACACUCCAACCUGGUGAACUUGAUUGAGGUGUUUCGACGUAAACGGAAGCUGCACCUGGUUUUUGAGUAUUGUGACCACACAGUCCUCAAUGAGCUGGACCGCUACCCCAGAGGUGUUCCGGAACACCUGGUGAAGAGUAUUACCUGGCAAACACUCCAAGCCGUCAACUUCUGCCACAAACAGAAUUGCAUUCACAGAGAUGUUAAACCAGAGAACAUUCUUAUCACGAAACACCAGGUCAUCAAGCUCUGCGACUUUGGAUUUGCCAGAAUACUGACCGGCCCGUGUGACUACUACACAGACUACGUGGCGACGCGCUGGUACCGGGCCCCGGAGCUGCUGGUGGGGGACACCCAGUACGGCCCCCCCGUCGACGUGUGGGCGGUGGGCUGCGUCUUCGCUGAGCUGCUCUCCGGGGUUCCGCUCUGGCCCGGGAAGUCCGACAUGGACCAGCUGUACCUCAUUAGAAAGACUCUGGGAGAUCUGACCCUUCGACACCAGCAGGUUUUCAGUAAUAACCAGUUCUUCAGUGGAGUUUCCAUUCCAGAACCACAAGAGAUGGAACCUCUGGAGCAGAGAUAUCCUCAUAUCUCAUAUCAAGCACUAAGUCUUAUGAAGGGCUGCCUGCGGAUGGACCCUCUGGAGCGUCUGACCUGCGGGCAGCUGCUGGAGCACCCCUACUUCGACACCCAGCGGGAGAAGAGCGAGAGCGCCUCGCGCGAGCUCGACCGUGCCACCAGGAGGCGCUCACGCAUCACGCGGAAACACCUUCCCCCCGGGUACUUACCACAGCUGACAAGUAGCAGCAUCUUUCCAGCUCUGGACAACAAGAAAUACUACAACAACUUACGAAAGUUCAACUACCACUUCCCUAACAUCUGAGUAUACUGCAUCCCUGUUGCUACGUCAAUAUUUACAACCAUGAUAAGCUUUUCAGUCAGUGCAGGAUAGCCCUGGGAAACAGUCAGAAGAUCCAUGGUUUUGAUUGGGCGUGCAGGUGUGUCUCCUGGUUAUGAUGUCAUUCUAUGCACUUGUGUAAUACUGAACUGUCAUGUCAGGAUCUUGGAGGAUUUCCUGUCCGACCACAGUGAGAACCUUCAGGAGUGGAGCCUGGCUGUUUUACCCUCUGAGCAUAUAUGUUAACAAUUCUUCGAAUACCACCAACUUGACCCUAAAAGUACAAUUACUGGAAGUACCAUUUCUCAGUGGCUUUGCCUGUAUUUAAGGCCUAUUUAGUUGUAUUUUGUGUGACUAUUUAGAAUGACAACGAGCAGAAAAUCUGCUCUGCUUUGUAGGUGUUUGUGUAGAAUUACAUCAUGACAUACUGCCUUAUCUUGUUUGCCAAAUGUCUUUUAUAUAUUGAGUAAGUGAUGUUUCUUGGUGGCAAACUGACUUGUUUUGGUUAAUACUGAUUGUCUUCAGUAAGUUAUAAUAAUGUGUUUCAAUUUACCGUCAUCAAAUAGUUAAAACAUGGUAUAGCCAGCAAAGUCCAUCUUGUUUUAUUCAAAAUAAUGUCUAAAAGCCAGACUGUUUACUGCACUUUAGACUGUUCUCUGAAAUGUGGUACAUGCAGUAAAUAAAACAAAACAAUUCUUCAUGUAGUAACGAUUCCUCAAAUAAGGUGCUAAGGAUUUAACUAGCCAUGUAUCUUCCACCUGACACAAUGAAAUGCCAAAUUAAUCCUGGUUUAAAUGACUAAUGAUUCGUUGUCAUCCUCCAUUUUUUCACGUAGAUAUCUUCCUCGAUGUACUUUUUGUAUGGUUGUGCUUGAUACGACGAAUGCCGAAAAAAGACUAGGAUAGGCAAAUCUGUCAAACUACGUUGAAGUCAGUGGAAUAAAGUGCUGUAUAAUGAAA